AUUUCCGAUAAAUAAAACACCUGGGCCUAUGCUAUCUUUUUUAAGUUCGUUUUUUAUUUUCUUAGAAGGUAGAUCAUUUUUUAGUUUGUAAUUGUAAAUUUGGUACCGUAAAUUUUUCAAAUCUUCAAAGGUUUACAACAUGAAUUCAAAUUUGAGAGGCGCGUUAUACACAGUAUUAUUUUUUAUCGCUAGUGAAGUACUUUAUAAAUUAUAUUGUAAAACCAAAAAACACAAAUCGAAAACAGAAAUAGGAAGUGAAAGUAGACUAAGCAGUACAUCCUUGCAGGUUUUAUUUUUUCCCGAUGAGAAGGUAGCAUGUAAAGAUUAUUUCAUUACCGACAACGGUUGUGUUAAACAGAAUUGUCGCUUUUCCCAUGAAAAAUCAUCUUUGAGUGAGCUUUAUAAACAUUUAUGCUCUGGCAAGACCACAGUGGAUAUUUGUGUAUACAUUAUAACGUGUAAAGAUUUAGCAGAAAUACUUAUGAAAAUGUUUAAACGAGGCGUCAAAAUUAGGAUCAUCACUGACAAAGACCAACUUCAAGCUUCAGGCUCUCAGAUUUGGUCUUUACGCAAAGAAGGUUUGUUUUAAAAUGUUAACUUAUUUUAACGGGUACAUCAAAAAAAAAAAAAAUUUAAACAUCUGCACUUGUUUGAAAGUGAAACAUUUACAAUCAAUAAUUAGAAAAAAGUUUCUGCUUUAAUUAGAGUUAGAGGAACAAAAAUAAAAGAGGUUUACUGAACAACUAAGACAGAUGGACUGAACAGUUUGCCUCAUUCUUCUAGGGAAUUAAAAAAUGAUAAAGAAUAAUUUAAGUUUAAGGUACAGGUACAUUUAAAGACAUUCUUCUGACAUCAGAGCGUUUUGAGCAUGCUAGAAUAGCAUGGACUUAGACUAAGUCUCAAGCAAUAUACUAUACAAGAAAUCAUCAUCAUCAUCAUAAUUGAUCAAUUAAUGAGUCAUGUGUCUGGUGGAAGGGGAGCACAUUUUUUAAUGAGGGGGAGAGGUUUAAGCAAUGUGAUUUCACAUUACAUUUUUUUAAAGUGGAACAAUAUUGAAAAAAAUUGCACUUAAAUUAUUCUUUUUACUUUUAAACAUCAUUUCAUUGUAAUAAUUUUAUUUUAAAAAUGUGAUUGCUGAGAGUAUCAGUACAGGCAUACAAGGUCAGAAAAAUGGCCUCUGAUCAAGUUACAGGCCACCUCGGAGGAGGAGAAUCAGGGUGUAGUGACAUUGACAGUUUGGAGAAUUUAUGUUGAAAUGUGUAGACAGGCGUCAAAGAAUUAAUGGCAUGGAAUGAAAAAUGGUUGGAUUUGGGGUGGGUUGGGGGGUUGUAAAUAUUAGUAAAUGUUCUAGGGCAUGGAUUCUUAACCUUUUUUGUGGUGCUGCAUCCCCUCUCAAUUUCAAACAGUCUCCGCAACCCCACCACCCCCCACCCCACCCCCAUUAUAUUGUAAAAAAUUUGUAAAAUUUAUAUAAUUUGGUUAUUGUACUUUAAUUUCUCCUAUUAACUUUCUAGAAACAAGAAAAAAUACCAAUUCAAGUAAUGCGCAAACAAAAUUCACCAGCAAAACAUUUACUGCUGCUAAUCAAAAUGAAAAAAAAAAAUUUUUAAAGGCAGCAACUUGUAGUGGCAGCAAAUACAAUUUUCUGGGUCUUCCUCAACCCAAGGGGUGCUUUCAACCACUGCUCUAUGGAAAUGCUGGUGUACAUACUUUUCUACAUCGUCAAUCUAUCUCAGUUUCGGCCGCCUGUCCCUGGCUUUCUGCCUGUGAUCACUGCUCUGCAGUCUGGCAUCCUCUUCAUCUCAGUCUGCCCCUUCUAAUUUCUGCGACUAUGGAUGGGUCUUUGAACAAAUGAUAUAUUUCUUGGUUUGUAUAAAUUCUCAAUCCAUCAAUAUCUAACACAGGACCACAUAUUUUAUCGAAGAUUUUCCUCUCCCAUGUAUGGAGGAGGUUCUCACCUUUUUUGUUGGAGGACCAAGGCACUCUUGCGUUAAUUACUACUGGUCUUAUAACAUUGGUUUAUAUAUGGCUUCUUUGUCCUCCUUGUAGCUUUUAUAGGCUGAAAUAUGAAAGGUUGCCUGCUGUUAUCCCUUCUUUCACUUGUCAUUUUUUUUCAUUGAGAUGCUUAUUUUAAACCUAAGUCUUAUUACCUAGGCUUAACUUUAAAAUGCACUUCUAGCCCAUUAAAUAUAGAUAUAGAUCAUUGUAAUAAAGUGGUAAUAAAUAUGUAUUAUUUUUAUCUUCCUUUUAAAUUGUCAAGAAAAAGUGCAUAUUACAUUCUCAAAAUGUCAUUCUUAUAGGUUGUAUUGUAAUUUCAAAAACAAGUCAUCUACUUCCAAGAACAGGCAUAUUCAUAAUUUAAGUAUUUUAAGUGACGUUUGUUGCUGUUACCUAUUUAUUUUAUCUUUCCUUCUUUUUCAAUUUUAAGGUAUUCCAGUACGAACAAACGAUUCAUCUUACCUAAUGCACCACAAGUUUGUCAUCAUAGAUAACAGAGUUUUAAUCAAUGGUUCAUUCAAUUGGACUUACCAAGCUAUUACAGGGAAUCAGGAAAAUGUUCUAAUAACUGAUGAUGAUGCUGUAACAUCUGUUUUUAAAGCUGAAUUUCAAAGACUGUGGGAGGACUUUGGCAGUCAAAAUUCAACGGGAGACCUAAGACUGCAAGAAUAAUAAUUUAGGGUUAAGUUUUCAUUAUUGUAGUUUGUGUUUUUGUCCAUUAUUGGAAGAAUCUUAUAUUAAUUUUUAACUUAAUUUAUUAUGGCAAAAUGUGGUAAUUAGAUUUGAUCAUUAUUAUUAUAGGCGUCACCUUCCCUAAGACCUGUAACAAUAGUCCCUGGUGAUGAAAAUCUUCUAAGUGUUUUAAAAUUAUUUAAUUUUUUUUUUUAAGUAAAACAUUUUCUUUCUAACAAGUUUUAAAUCAAAGAAAUGGAAUCAGUAAAGUCUUUUAAUCACGUUGGAAAUGUUGAAUUAUGAAAUACCAAAGAUUUUAUAAUUUUCAAAAGUUCUGAUUAAAUCCGGUUAUCUGGAUUUUGAAUUUCAAUAAUCUGAAAACUGGAAUUUCCAAAACAGCUCCGAAUUAGCAAUCCUUACUAAGGGUUAGUACAAAGUCAAUAUUUAAAUAAUAUUCCUUUAUGCCAGUACUGUGCAGUAUAGUUUAUGAUUACCUAUUCUGGCUCAUAAAAAGAAAAAUAUAUCCAUAAUAUAAUUAUUUAUCUUACAUUAUAAUUUAUAAUGUAAGUUUAAAAAUGUCCUUCAUUCUCAACAUUUCAAAUUUUUCAGUUCUCAUGAUUGUUUUCAUCAACUGAAAAAAUUUCAUUAUUGUAGUUGUAGAAAUUUUUUUUAAACUUCAUUCUUAAUGAACUUAAUCUUUCCUUCUUAAACUUCAGUUUUAUUUUUUAUAAACAGCAUAGGAUAUUUGUGAAUCAUAAGAAAUGGACAAAAUGAAAGUUAUAUUCAAUUCCAUUUCCAUAACAAAAAAAUCAAUGAAAAUAAUCCAACAUGUAAAGUUCCUUUGUUUUUUGUGUGAUGUCUCACUUUUAAAAUUGCUCUACAUUUUUAUCCUAUGCUUACAAAAGAAAUGUUUGACCUUAUUUAAAGCAAAACAUUAUCCUGGAGGGCAUAACCAUUUCAAUAACAUGGUACCGGUAACCCCCCCCCCCCCCCAGGUAGUGUAAAUACUUCAAAUAAACUAAAUGUUAUCAUUUAUGCAAAUCUCAAGAAGUUUGUUAACUGUGUUUAUUUCCCUGGUGUGCUCUGUAAAAAUGAUAAAAAAUUAACAGUGCAUUGUUUUGUGUGUCAAUGUCAACUAUUUCAAGCUUUUUGAAUAAUUUAACUGGGUCAUUUUGAUUUGGAAAUUUUACACAUAUUGCAACAAUAUGUUAUUGUGAAAGAUCACUUUCAAUAUUUAUUAUUAGUUACAUUAAUGAGCAAUUAGGGAGCGAUAGUCUCAGUAAACCUGAAAGAAAAUGCAAUUUAGUCAAUAUUAUUAAUAUGAGGCUAACAUUUUGUUACUGUUUGUUUCAUUAUCUUGAAACUUCAUUAUUACAAUAAAAUUAAAAGAAAGAAAUACCAAUUUUACUAAAUGAUAAAUCAUUAAUAAAUGGUAAUAAAAGUUUGGCUUGCUUUGAUUUGAAUUCAUCUGUCAUGUAUAAAGUUGGUGUCAAGCAGUGAUGCUAAAUAUUUUUUUUAAAAUAAGCAA